AUGAAAGAUUGCCUUAUCAGAUUGCCAACAUUAACUGCACCAGUCAAGGGAGAACCUUUGGUAUUGUAUUUGUCAGCCUCCGACAGAGCAGUCGGAGCAGUUUUACUCGUUGAUCGACAAGGUGUCCAAACACCAGUUUACUAUGUGUCGCGAACCUUGACCGAUCUAGAAACCCGAUACGCCAUAAUGGAGAAACUAGUGCUCGCGCUAAUCCAUGCUUCAAGACGACUACGCAGGUACUUUGCCAACCACGUCAUUCACGUAUUAACAAACUACAAUAUUGGCAACAUCCUCGCAAGGCCAGAGAUUUCGGGAAGACUAGCAAAGUGGGCAAUAGAACUCGGGGGCCAUAAUGUGGAUCGGGAAUCUAAAGCAGUGGAGAAAGCCGAAAAACAGCAAGUAGAAGAACCGUGGUUAUUAUACACAGACGGCGCGUCUAACGAAGACGACGCAGGCGCAGGGCUUCGGUUGGUGAGCCCGGACAAACAUGAAUUUACGUACGCCAUAUGGUUGGAUUUCAAAAGCACGAAUAACGAGGCCGAAUAUGAAGCUUUCCUUGAUGGUUUAAGAUUGGAAAUCAAGAUGGGAGUUAGACACAUUGAAGACUCCAUGUUAGUGGCUGGACAAAUCAAUGGGCAAUAUGAGGCCAAAGGAAACGUAAUGGCGCUCUACCUGAAUCAAGCAAAGACAUUGCUGCAAACUUUCUAUUCCUACAAGGUGCACCACAUCAACAGGAGCGGGAAUAAGCCAGCAGACGCGCUAAGCAAGCUCGCAUCUACAAGUUUUCAACACCUGGCAAAGGAUGUACGCAUAGAAGUUUUGAGCAACCCAUCAGUGCCACUUAGGGAAGUAAGCGUCAUCCAAGUAGGAACAACGUCAUGGAUGACUCCAAUAGUCGCGUACCUUCAAUCUGGGAUACUCCCGGAGAACAAAGCUGAAGCAAGAAAAAUCCAAUACAAGGCCGAACAUUAUCAGAUGGUUGAUGGAAUCUUAUACCGAAAGUCAUACCUUGGGCCAUUGUUAAGAUGCGUGGACCCAGAAGACGCAAACUAUUUGAUCAGAGAAAUACAUGAAGGAAUCUGUGGCAUACAUGCCAGACCGAGAAUGGUGGUAGCAAAGGUGAUGAAUGUCGGGUACUACUGGCCCGGAAUGCACUUAGACGCAGUAAAAGCUUUGAGGAAGUAA